AUGGCGGCCGGAGGGAGGGGCAAGCUGGGUGCGGCGGCGGCGGAUGCGGCGCCCGCGGCGGUGCCCGCGGGGGCCGUGGCGGUGGCGGGGGCCGCGGCGGACGAGGUGGUGCAUCGCGUAAGGCCCACGGAGGCCUCCGAGCGCCGCCGCGCGGAGGUCGUCGACUACGCGCGGAGGCUCGUCGGCUCCGCGCUCGGAUGCGAGGUUUUUGCAUUUGGAUCAGUUCCACUGAAGACUUACCUUCCUGAUGGGGAUAUUGAUCUAACUGUCCUUGGAAAUACAUCUUAUGAUAGUACUUUGGUUAAUGAUGUUUCCUGCAUUCUUGAGUCUGAGGAGCAGAAUACUGAUGCUGAAUUCGUAGUGAAGGACUUGGAACGAAUUGAUGCUGAGGUCAGGCUCAUUAAAUGCACUAUUGGAAAUAUUAUAGUUGAUAUCUCAUUCAACCAAACUGGCGGGAUCUGCGCACUCUGCUUCCUUGAGCUGGUUGAUCGUAAAGUUGGAAAAAACCAUCUAUUUAAGAGGAGCAUCAUAUUGAUCAAGGCAUGGUGCUAUUAUGAAAGUCGCCUACUAGGAGCUCAUCAUGGACUUAUAUCAACCUAUGCACUGGAAGUACUUAUCCUUUACAUUUUCAAUCUAUUCCAUAAAUCUCUCCACAGCCCUAUGGAGGUUCUUUAUAGGUUUCUGGAAUAUUUUAGCAAGUUUGACUGGGACAACUAUUGCAUAAGUUUAAAUGGCCCUGUUGCUUUGUCGUCUUUGCCAAACUUAAUUGUUGAAGCUACAGCUACACAUACCAGUGACUUAUUGUUUGACAAAGAAUUCCUCAAGAACUCCAUGGAUAAAGCAACUGUACCUCCAAAAAAUUCUGAUUCAUGCUAUACAAGGUUUCGUCCUAAACAUCUAAACAUAGUUGAUCCACUGAAGGAGCACAACAAUCUUGGCAGAAGUGUCAACAGAGCUAGCUUUAAUCGUAUUCGAGCAGCUUUCUUAUAUGGUGCUCGAAAGCUUGGUCAUAUUCUCAUGUUACCAUCAGAAGUUAUUCCUGAUGAAAUUUAUGGGUUUUUCAAAAACACUUUGGAAAGGAAUGGGAUAGGGGUAAGACCAGAUAUUGGCAGCAAUUUUGCUUUUCAUCCUUCCUUUGGUACUGCCGAGGCUAUUUUGGAAGAUAUAUCAAGUAUGAAGAUUUCUGAUGGUGAAGAUGAGAACAUAACUUCUUGUCAUCUUUCAAAGAGCUUGGGUGAUAAGAACUUAUACAUUGGAACUAAUGGACCUACACAUUUGAGUAGUUGUUCUCCAGGAGUCCAUAACACUGCAUUAAGUACUGAGUUAAGUACAAGAUCAUCCCAUUUUGUCCAUAAUGCACCAAAACCACAUUCAUCGUUUUGCCAAGAUGACAGUCAUGCUGACAGUGAAAAAUGUUACUUGGACCAUGGAAUGGAGCAGGUACAGUCACAAGUUUCUGUGAGCAACCCAUCACUAUUGAGCACCUCUGCUACUGUCAAUGCUUCAGAACUUGCCACCAAACAGAAAAAUUGGAGUGCUACAACCUAUGUGGGAAAACAACAUUUUCCUCCCUCACCAUCAAGCUUGCCAGAUCUUUCAGGGGAUCUGGAUUCACAAUUUAGAUGCCUGCGUCAAGUUCAGUACCACCUUGAAUACUUGUUUGAUGGGUUUUUGCAGUCUGUUCAGGAAGCAUCCUCUGCUGAUAAGUUUCACAAGGAUCCCUUUCACAUUCCUGCUUGCACUAUCUUCUUGGGCAGAGAUGCAGCAUCGCCAAGGUUACAGUUGCUUUCUCCUGCUCAAAGCAAUGGAAGGGAUUCGUCUCCUGUUUCUUGUUCUCAGAGCACAGAAUGUGUCUCCCAGCAUUCACGGAAUGAAAGCCCAUGGGAUAUGGCUAAUCAGCAGAGUGUCUCAUUGCCCUCUGGAACCGAUGUUCCACCAAAUGGAGUCUUGUCAUCUUCUUGUGCCGAUUCAGAGGUUUCUUCUGUUUCAUGGUUGCAUCGCUCUGAGGAUAGCGCUAUGAUGCAUGGAAAUGGAAUAGACACGUACUUUACAAAGAGCUGUUAUACUCACAGGGAGCGAUUGACAUCUUCAAGAGAGAAUGGGAAAAUACUGCCAAAUCAAUCAGUGACAUAUAAAAGCAACCAGAAGUCAGCUCCAGGAGCAAGAUUUGUGUCUCGCAAGGAGCAAGCUGCCCUAGACAGUAGAACCAAAGAAACAAUAAUAGGUAAAGCUUUGAAGAUACAUGGAUACAUUCAAUCAGACAGGAAAAUUGUUGAAAAGCUCAGUUGUCAUACUCAAAAGGAAUUUGUCCGACAUGACAAUGAAGCAAGACAAUUACCAAAGUACAAUCAGGAUGUCUGCUUGAACAAGAACUUUUUGCAAAACCGAUAUGAUGAUACUGACAUGGAGUCUACACGAGCUCCCAGAGCAACAAAUCAGAUGCCUAAAUAUCAACCAUUUAACAUUCAAAAUACUACAGAGAGUGAUAAAGCUAGCCUAAGCAAGAACUUGCCCAGAAAGCACAGCUCUGGCACUUGGAAAGAGUAUGAGAUACUUGACUGGCCAACAAAGCAGAGACCAAUUUGUGAGCCAUUGAAGCUAGAAAACAGACGACAUGUCUGGGAUUGCACAAAGAAGACAUCAGCUGGAAAACAAAAUUGUAAUAAUAAUAAGGAUUCGCUAUCUUUCGUAAGAGGUGCAGUGCCAUGCAGCCACGCAGCAAGCACUCCAAAUGGUUUAGAAAAGGACGUUAAUUCAAACAAAAUCCUUGACAAGGGAAGUCACCUGAGGCCAAUCCUGCCAGAGUUAUUGCUUUCUUGUCAUCAUGACAUCAAUAGCCAAGAGAGGCCUCCAUCAUCUAAUGCUCCUCAAUCAUACUUCCCUGCUGCAAAUGGUCGACCACUUGAGACUAUAGAGUUUGGAUCUUUGGGACCUUUUGCACUGCCUUUAUCCACAUUGAAGUCAAACGGAGCUACUAACACACAAACUACAAGUAAGGUGUUUACAGAUGCCUCUCCAUUUGUGUUACAGAGGUCCAGGGCCGCGGCAACUGAAAACAGGCAUAAAAUUAAAUGUGAUUUAAAUAUGAUUGGUGUAGUAUAUGGGGAUUGGGAACAUAGGGACUGUCACGGAAGACCAAUAGACCCCCAGGACUUUGCAAAGCGGGAGACGAGGAUGAAUUCCCACCUCUUAGAGCUGGGAUCCGCUCGUACAGGUCCCUUUUCAGUCUCAACUGACAUGAAGAACAUCACCGUUCUGUCCAAAAUAGAUGUGACAGGGACUAAUUAG